AUGGGCUCGAUUGCACCCCAACAACAGCUGUCAGCGCCACCGACACCAACUCAGCAAACUGGUCAGCUGGUGCCUGGCGGAGGACAGCUGCUAUCCCCACCGAUGAACGGCGGUGCUGCCGGGGUCAGGGCCCCACCACCGUACACUCAGGUUGUCUCGGCGGCCAACGGUCAGCUCACACCAUCGACCUAUCAUUCGAGACCAACGUCAUUACCGUUGCAACAACAAACACAGCAUCAGUUUCUCAAUACUAAUGGUAACGGCAAUUACAAUGGUAAUUUUAAUGCUAGUGCUAGCAACGGUAGCGUGGUGAUGCCAUACGUUCAGCCGUCGGGCAAAAUCGACACAGAACAGUCACAGAAUUGUUCAGGUCCUCCAACGCCGUCAAGCGGCCGGCCUGGAUCAUCUGCGUCAAUGGAUUGUACGCAAGUGCGACCAAAACAAAUACGGAAACGACGACGAGACGGCGACAGUGGGAAUGGAAACAACAGUGUUGAUGAAGACCAAUUUGUGCGCACUCCGAUGAUGGGUGAUGUGUAUGCGAGUCAGUUGACAACACAGCUGGAACGAGACGUGUACGAUAUUGUGGAUCAUCUAUUGACACAAGUGGUGAUCAUGGUUGAUGGUGCAGAAGUGGCGCGUAAAAGUGGUAUGCUGAAACGAUUGUUAGAGUCACAUCCCGCGAAACCGUACAAUAAUCAUCGAAAUGCGUACUCAGCAGGAUAUGAAGGGCAUGGUUGGUUUCAUUGGAUAUUUUUCUUCGAAGGGAACUUUUGGGAUUUUGAUUUCAACUCUUCGGAUUUCAUUGAAAAAUAG